AGAGAAACCCAUAAAAAGCUUUCAUUUUUCUUUUUGUUAUUUCACUUUAAUCUUUUGGAAACCCCAAUGGAACAGCCAACCUUCAACUCUCUCCCUCAAAACACCAACACCACAACAUCAUCUUCCACAGCAAAACCCCAAAAGAAAAAGCUACCAACCCCACAAGAACUCAUCUCCCACUAUGAGUCACAAGGCCUUGACACCCAAGAGGCCUCUCUUAAGGUCAUAGGUGACCUCCAGGCUGCCCUCUUUAGGGUCAUAACCUCUGGCAGAGGCAGAAAGGACAAGCUCUUGGCUGAGACCUCCAGAAAGAUUGACAGCACCAACAACAGCCUUGCCAUUCUUAAUAUGAAGAUUGACUCCAAGCCUGGCUAUGGUGAAGCUUUUGGUAUUGGGGUUGCUUCUGGGGUGACUUUGAAAGGCAUUGAGACUGUUCUGCCUCACGUUCUCAGGGGUUUUGGACAGAUUUGGAACACAGUCAGGAAUGCCACUAAGGAUUGAUGUUCUGUUUUUUUUUUUUUCUGUCCUUUUUCUUCUUCUAUUUUGGGGUUUUUGGGAUUUUUUGUUGAAUUUGGUUGGUGGGUUUCUUGGGAUAUUGCAGAAAUUUGUAGUGGGAAACUGGGAAAAUGCAUUCUAUUGAUGGAAAAUUAAAUGUAAUUUCCAUUGAGAAUGUUACAAUUAUGCCUUUACUUUAGCCAAGGUACUUUUGUAUUGGUAUUGAAUGAUAAAACUUUGGCAACAGAAUAUAUAGUUUGGACUGUAACUUCCAAUUAAAA